GUAUCCUGCGGAUUCCUGGAAGAUUAACUCUGAGCUUCUUCCUAAUCCAUAUGGUCGCCCUCGAAAUUGUGUUGUCCAAUUUGCACGAGGCAGAACGAACUUCCGGUAUAUUGAUGCUCUCGAUGUUCUUCGGCGUUACCUCGAUGUGUUACCUGUUGGCGUUCGUUAGUUUUGUUUUCAUCGAGAAACCAUGCGACGUCAUCGUUAAACAACUUCUCAAACCGGCAACGAGUAGCCAUGCUGCUGAAUCGACCGGCGACGGUGCCCGUGAAAUAGCUAACGGUGCCGACGCCAAAACCGGUGCUGGGGGACAAGGCGGAAUCUCUGCCCUCAGAGCUUGGAACAGUUCCGGUCCCGAAUCUGGCAAAGAGCAAAAGUGAGUGAUUGAAUGGAGUUUCAAUCAGUUUGUUGAUAGUAGUUUAAGAAAAAACAACACUAGAG